AUGGGGUGGAUAGUAAGUGGUCCCGCGACAAUUGAUAAAUCUUCCAAGGAGCGAAAGGUUGUAGCAACAAUUCAGACUCGAUGUGAUGAGUUGCUGAAAAAGUUCUGGGAGAUAGAAGAGAUCCCACGAGCGGUGAAGCUUACAUCAGAGGAGAAGAGGUGUGAGGAGUUGUUCGAGGAGGGUGUAAGGAGAGCGGAAGACGGUAAGUUCGAGGUACAAUUACCAUUUAAGCAAAAUGUUGAGGUGUUGGGGAGUUCUGGCGUUAUUGCAAAGAGGAGAUUCAUGGCAUUAGAAAAAAAGCUUAAUAGGAAUGCUGACCUUAGGAUACAAUACCAUGAUUUCCUUAGAAAGUAUCUUGAAUUGGGUCAUAUGGAGGUGGUAAAGGACAUAAGGAGUGUAGAGGGUGGAUAUUACUUACCUCAUCACUGCGUCCUUAGGCCAGAGAGCUCAACGACAAAGUUAAGGGUGGUAUUUGAUGCUUCUUGUAAGACAUCAACCAGUUAUUCCUUGAACAACAUACUAUAUACUGGGCCUAGAAUCCAAGAUGAGCUAGUUGGUAUUCUGCUCAGAUUUAGGAAGUAUAAGUAUGUAUUUUCUGCCGAUAUUGAGAAGAUGUAUCGGCAGAUAUGGGUUGCGAAUUCCGACCGCAAAUUCCAGUUGAUAUACUGGAGGUUUAAUGCGAAUGAAGAGGUGAGAACAUUUGCAUUAAACACAGUUACAUAUGGAACAGCAUGUGCUCCAUAUUUGGCUGUAAAAUGUCUGCAAAGGAUAGCAGACUUAAAGGAGGCAACACAUCCAAAUGAAUCUCAGGCAAUAAGGAGUGACUUUUAUAUGGAUGAUCUUAUGACUGGGGGAGAUUGUCUUGGGGAGGUUGUGGAGAUGAGAAGGAAUUUGGAGGCAAUAUUGCUCGAAUUCGGCAUGCCGUUAAGAAAAUGGUGUGCAAAUAACAGCCAAAUAUUGGAGGGCAUUGCAAAAGAAAAUAUUGAGGGGAGCCUUAAUAUAGAGGACGAAGAGUUGCCUGUGAAGGCGCUUGGAGUGAUGUGGUGCCCGCGUAGCGACGUAUUUUCCCUGAAGUACAAGGCCACGGAGGAUGGAAAGUUUUCGAAACGUUCAAUAUUGAGCGAAACAGCUAAGCUAUUUGAUCCUCUUGGUUUUGUGGGUCCCGUAAUUGUUGUUUAG